ACGCGUUCCUCGCAACGGUAGCAGGCGAGCCAUCUCCUGCCAGCCGCCUCCUCGUGUCCCCCGAUUCCUCAGAGUCCUCGGAGCAAUCCCCGCCAGACUGCGCGCAAGCGUCGCCGUUUCAACUGUAAUUGUGUGACUGUAUUUGGUGCAUAUAUUUUUUUCUUGUCGUUUUUCGUUUUUUUUUUUCUGGUGACCCAACGCGGAAUAUGACCAGGGGAUAGUGAUUGCCAGGGGUUACGGCUCCCGGUUCCCGGUUCCCAGUUCCCAAUUCCGGGAUGUUCAACUACGAGGAGGGGGACCAGGUCGACCAGGCCAUGGCGGCUGCGUACCGGGCGCUCCUCGACUACUAUGCCAAUGCGCCCAGUGCGGCGGGUCACAUAGUGUCCCUCACCGUGGGUCCGUACAACGAUACCGGGUCUGGCUAUGGCUCCAGUGCCUCCUUGGGGGGCAGUGGCAGCAAUAGCACUAGCUACGCCGACGACUUCUUGGUCACCCAGCAACUGGAAAACGACCUGGCCACCGAGGCGGCCUACGUAUCCUUCGGCACCAGUUCCAGUUACGGUCCAAGUCCAAGUCCCAGUCCGAGUUCCGGCUCCAGCGCGGCAUCCAGCACCACGGAGAUGCCCGUCUGGCUGAUCCCCAGCUACAGUGUGAUCCUACUGUUCGCGGUCCUGGGCAACCUGCUGGUAAUCUCCACUCUGGUCCAGAACCGUCGCAUGCGCACCAUUACCAACGUUUUCCUGCUCAACCUGGCCAUCUCGGACAUGCUGCUGGGCGUGCUCUGCAUGCCGGUGACCCUGGUGGGCACCCUGCUGCGCCACUUCAUCUUCGGCGAGUUCCUCUGCAAGCUCUUCCAGUUCUCGCAAGCUGCCUCGGUGGCCGUUUCCUCCUGGACCUUGGUGGCCAUAUCCUGCGAGCGCUACUACGCCAUCUGCCAUCCACUCCGCUCGCGAUCCUGGCAGACGAUCAGCCACGCCUACAAGAUCAUCGGGUUCAUCUGGUUGGGCGGCAUCCUGUGCAUGACGCCCAUAGCGGUCUUCAGUCAAUUGCUACCCACCAGUCGACCAGGCUACUGCAAGUGCCGCGAAACCUGGCCGGACCAGGGAUACGAGCUCUUCUACACCAUCCUGCUGGACGUCCUGCUGCUCCUCCUGCCGCUGCUGGUGCUCUGCGUGGCCUACAUCCUGAUCACGCGCACCCUCUACGUGGGCAUGGCCAAGGACAGCGGCCGGAUUCUGCAGCAGUCGGCUCCGGUGUCCGCGGGAUCAGUGGCUGGAAGUGGGGGAGGAGGUGGACCCACUCCGGGCCCAAGCGGCAGCAGCAACUGCAUCCUCGUCCUGACCGCCACCGCAGUCUAUAAUGAGAGUAGUAACAACAACAAUGGGAACGCAGAGGGAUCUACGAAUUCAACAACGACAACAUUGACGACAACAAGAGCGGCGGUUCCAACUGUGAUCACCACCACCACCACGACCACGGUGACGCUGGCCAAGACCUCCUCGCCGAGCAUUCGCGUCCACGAUGCAGCCCUUCGCAGAUCCAACGAGGCCAAGACCCUGGAGAGCAAGAAGCGGGUGGUCAAGAUGCUGUUCGUCCUGGUCCUGGAGUUCUUCAUCUGCUGGACGCCACUGUACGUGAUCAACACGAUGACCAUGCUGAUUGGCCCGGUGAUGUACCAGUACGUGGACUACACGGCCAUCAGUUUCCUGCAGCUGCUGGCCUACUCCUCCAGCUGCUGCAAUCCGAUCACCUAUUGCUUCAUGAACGCCAGCUUCCGGCGCGCCUUUGUGGACACCUUCAAGGGUCUGCCCUGGCGCCGCGGAGGAGGAGGCGGAGGAGCAGGAGGAGGUGGUGGCUUCGCUGGAGGACUCUCCGCCAGCCAGGCGGGUCCGGGCGGAGUCGCCUAUCCGAACGCCACCAACAUCAGUCUCAAUCCCGGCCUGGCCAUGGGCACGGGCACCUGGCGGACCAGGUCGCGCCACGAUCUCCUCAAUUCGGUGGUGCACACCAGUGGCGCCACCGCCGCCGCCACCGAAAGUCCGCAGCUGUAA